UCUUAUAGAAUGAAUCUACCAAAGGGACCGGAUUCUCUGUGCUUCGAUAAGGAUGUUUUUAUGAAGGAUGACUUUGACGUUGACCAGUUUGUGGGUGAGUGUCGGAAGCAGGUCCAGCUGGAAGAACUGAGAGAGGACCUGGAGCUCUACUACAAGCUGUUGAAAACAGCCAUGGUGGAGCUCAUCAACAAGGACUAUGCAGACUUUGUUAACCUCUCUACCAACCUGGUUGGGAUGGACAAAGCACUCAAUCAGCUUUCUGUGCCAUUAGGACAGUUACGUGAGGAGGUUAUGAGUCUGCGGUCCUGUGUUAGUGAGGUGAUACAGGCGAUAGAUAACCAGCUGUCGAAGCACGAGGACCUGCAGGAAAAAAAGGUGUGUGUGAUGAGGCUGAUUCAGGUUGUACGAUCAGUGGAGAAGAUUGAGAAAAUCCUUCAUUCACAGAGUUCCAAGGAAUCCAGCUCUCUGGAGAUCAGCAGCCCCUUGUUAGCAGGACAGAUCCUAGAAAGGAUUGCAACAGAGUUCAACCAGCUGCAGUUCCACGCUGUACAGAGCAAAGGCAUGCCCCUGCUGGACAAAGUCAGACCUCGUAUUGCAGGGAUCACGUCUAUGCUGCAGCAGUCUCUGGAGGGUCUGCUGAUUGAGGGCUUGCAGACAUCGAAUGUGGACAUGGUACGUCACUGCUUGAGGACUUACGCCACCGUAGACAAGACUCGAGAUGCUGAGGCCCUGGUAGGACAGGUGCUCGUCAAACCAUAUAUGGACCAGGUGAUAGUUGAAGAAGUGGUAAAGUCCAGUCCAAGUGGUCUUCAGAUGAUGUACUCUAGACUUUUGGAGUUUGUUCCACACCACUGUAGACUGCUCAGAGAGGUGACUGGAGGAGCCAUAUCCAGUGACAGAGCUGACAUAGUGCCAGGUUAUGAUUUCCUGGUGAACUCUGUUUGGCCAGAGAUGGUCAAAGGCAUAGAGGAAAGGUUGGCCUACAUCUUUAACCCUGGAAACCCCGACAUAUUCUACGAGCGUUACAGUGUAACUAUGGAGUUUGUGCAGAGGUUUGAACGGCAGUGUAGCUCACAGGCCAGUGUGAAGAGACUGAGAGUACACCCCUCAUAUACAAGCUUCCAGAACAAAUGGAACCUGCCUGUCUACUUUCAGUUACGAUACAAGGAAAUUGCAGGACGUCUAGAGAAUGCUAUUAGUGAUGGAUUAGUGGCUGCACCAGCUGGCAGUGCAUACCACCUGCAGGUAUCUGAGGUGUUGUGGUCCUGCUUAGUGAGAUGUUGGUCAGACAAUGUCUAUCUGUCACCUCUGGCACAUCGCUUCUGGAAGCUUACGCUGCAGCUGUACUCAAGAUAUGCCAAGUUUCUUGAUGAGGUGCUGACUAAGUCUCCGCCCUCUGAGGUGACUAAGGAGCCAACCAGGCCUCUGCCGAGCUCAGCUUCUUCUACAUCUAGCAGAACGUCACUGGAGGAAGGCGGCAGUGAGAGUGGGAGUCCUGCCUCCCUGUCCACUAAACAGCUGGUUUACAUUGCAGCAGACAUCCAAAAGCUGCAGGAGCAGAUCCCAGAGGUGUCAGAGAUGGUCAGAAAGCGGUUUGAAGCCAUUGGAUUCAAAAAUUUUUCUCUUGUGGAAGAUGCUCUAGCAGACUCCAAGGCUUCCCUGUCAAGCAGCGUUCCCUCUCUGAACACUAGGAUGACCCAGCAUCUGACCGAACGCAGCUGUCGAUUCCUGAAGAGUGCCUCAGAGGUUCCACGACUCUACCGCAGAACUAAUAAAGAUAUACCGGUGCGUGCAUCAGCGUAUAUGGAUAAUGCCUUACGCCCAUUACAUCAGUUACUAACUGAUUCGACAGGGCUGGUCACCCCUCACACAGCACAAGAGUGGCUGCGAGUUUCACUGUCUGAGUGCACACAGAAGUACUAUGAGACCAUCUCAGAGGUGCUGAGCUCAGUCAGAAAGAUGGAAGAGAGUUUGAAACGCUUGAAACAAGCCAGGAAGGGUGCAGCCGCGACUACAACAGCAGGAGCAAAUGGUGGACUAACAGAUGAUGGCAAGAUUCGUCUUCAGCUGGCACUAGAUGUGGAAUACUUGGGGGAACAGAUUCAGAAGAUGGGUCUUCAGCCAACUGACAUCUCCAUGUUCUCCACUCUGAUGGAUCUUGUGAAGGAAGCCAGAGAGCUUGCUGAACAAAACCAAUAAAACAGACUCAGCAAUGACUGAAACACUGAUAUGCAGCACUCAUCUUCACAUAUCCUGGAGACUUGUGGAGGAUAAAACUUGUCCCAGUCAUGGGCUGGUAAGAGGUGAUGGUGAUGAGAAAAUAAUGGGAAGAAUUAACACUACUGGAAUCAUUUUCAAACAUUUGUACCAAAUCACUUAGUUCAAUGUAAACGUUAGAACUAGGCUGUACAUUGUUGGCUGACACAGCGCAGAAACUACUGCUGGAGCAUCAGCAGUUCUGGUGUAGGCAAAAUGGAGAAAAGGGACUGGAUGGUACUAUGAUUAUGUAAUUUUAUGUAACUACUGUAUUGUACUUUCACUGGGCCAGAAAGUUGCAUAGCAAGAGGCUCAAAAUAAGUUACAAAGGGAGUACAUUGAUCAUUAUUUGGUGAUGGAUUAAUCUAAGAGAAGUCUGUUUAUGUGUCACAUGUGUUCAAAUCAGUUGUACAAUAUAAUAUGUUUAACAUGAAGGUAAUGAAGAACUUUGUACAGAAUGUUAUACUGUGUGUGGUUUUAUUACAAAGAAGCAUUAGCAAGUUAUACUUAAUGGCCACUUUAUUAGGUAAACCUGCUCAACUGCUCAUUCAUGCAAAUAUCUAGUCAGCCAAUCAAAAUGCAGUUAACCUGCUGAGGUUCAAACCAAGCAUGAGAAUGAGAACAAAAGUGAUUUCAAAAACUGCUGAUCUACUGGGAUUUUCCCACAUAGCCAUUUUGAGAGUUUAUAGAAAAAAUGUUCCAAAAAAGAGGAAAUAUCCAGUGAGUGGCAGGUCUCUGGGUGAAAAUGAUCCCAGAGAUCAGAGGAGAAUGACCAGACAGGAAGACAAGAGUAAUUCAAAUAGUCACUCAUUGCAACAAAGAUGAGCAGAAGAGCAUCUCUGAAUGCACAGCAUGUUCAAUCUUGAAGCAGGUGACCACCUGAAGUGUCACUUCCGUGAGCUAAGAACAGAAAACUGAUGCUAAAAUUCACAUACGCUCACCAAAACUGGACAAUGAUAUACUGGAAAAACAUUAUCUGGUCUAAUGAGUCUCAUUUUCUGCUGAAAAAUUCACAUUUGCAAAAUGAAAUUGAAAAUGGUUUCAUGAACAUGAAAACACUUUACUCAAAUGGCCUUCGCAGUCACCAGAUCUCAAUCACUCAAUCUUAACAGAGCACCUUUGAAUGGUGGAAUGGGAUGUUCAGAAAUUCAGAGACAAAUAUGCACCAGUAUGGACAAUGGAAACAUUCCUCAGAGUAAUAUUUCUAUGGUCCAUUUUGACACGAUAGCACCUUGUUGAAUCUAUGCCAUGAAGAAAUUAGGCAGUUCUGAAAGCAAAAAUGGGGUCCAACCACAUACUAGCUUGGUGUAACUAAUGAAGUGUCCGGUGAGUGUAUAUGAGUCAUUGUUUUCACCGCAUGCAUGUUUAUACUCAGUACUACCAAUAACGCUGCAGGACCAUGAACCUUUAAUAAACUGCAACAUUAUUACAUGCACAGGAAAGCUAAACGGGAGAAUAACAUUUGUUUUUGUGAAUGCUGAAGCAAGUUAUUCAAACCCUAUAAAUCACAGCCAGCCUUCAGUAAUGCUGACAUGCAUGUGCAUUAUUUUCACUCAUUAACUAACGUAUAUAAUUAUGUGUAAGCGGUGAUAAACAAUUGCUAGUACAGUAACCUUAUUUUAAGCCAGGCCUUAUAACAUCUUAGUUACAAAUUUGCUGAUUUCUACAUUAAAAUUAUUUUUGGGAUUAUUUUCAGUAGAUUUUGUCACUCUGUAACUGCUUUU